UUUAUAAACGUUAUCUCAGAUUUCAUGUUUGACUCAUCAGCUGAUAUCAAAAUAUUUGGAUUUUUCUUAUCUUAUCGCUGAUUGCACAUCUAGUGCAUUUUUUGAUAGCUUAUUAGAUGGCAUGGCAUUAGUUGAGUUUCAUAAUUCGUUUAGUAGAAGUUUGUUUGCGGAAUUGAAAUUAUUCUUAUUUUUAACUAAAAUACAUUGUUUUCACAUCAAUUUUAAAGAAAGAAGAUAGAUUCUGUUGAAAAUAUUAUAAUUUAUCAGAUUGAAAAUGGAAGCAGCAAAAAACAAUGAAGAAACCGUAUUUAAAAUCGGCCAACACGCUCGUAAGGUACUUAACUUUCUCAAAGAUGGAAAUAAUUGUGAGCUUACCGAAGAAAUCACAAAUACAUUCUGUGAGAACUAUUUGGAAGUUCUCCGUCAUGCUCGGACAGUUUCAAAUGAUAAUGUUGUCAAACUAAGAGAAAUCGGACUUUGCACAUGGAAACUUGCCUUCGAUUUCAUGUAUACAGGAUCCAUUAAAUCGUGCCUCGAAACAAUCGAGGAACUUUUACGAAUUGCAUUAUUUUUUAAAAUGAAUACAUUAGUUGAUGAUUGUUGUGAAUUAAUUGAGAAUAAUAUAAAUUCCAGCAACUCUUUGAAAUGGUUUCGAUUGGCCAAUGAAUUAAAUCUACCCACUCUUAAAGCCAAGUCUUUCAACUUUCUUUAUUUUGUAAAGAUACCAAAGCUGCAAGGUAAUGUUAAACUAAAUGUUAGUGAAUUGAAAGAAUUACUUUUCAAAGAUAAUGGAGACUUUGGAUACUUUGAAGAGGAUAUCUUUCUGUCAAUAAUCGCAUGGAUAAAUUAUGACAAAUUAAAUCGUGAACAUCUUACUUUUGAACUUUUGUCAAUGGUUCGUUUUCAAAAGUUAACUCCUCUAUUUAUUUUGAAAAAUAAAGAAUCAAUUUAUAAAACCACUGAAUGCUGCCAAUUGAUUGACAGCUGGCUUAACUGGCAUCGAAUGCCAAGCACACGUUCUAAAAAUCUCCAAAAAAUUAAGCCUAAACUUACAGUUUUAGGUCUAUCAAGUAACGAUAAAAGGAUCAUAAAUAUUCAAACUUAUGAUCCUAUAAAAAACGCAUGGUGGAUUGAAAUGGAGGAACUUUCACCAGAGUUUGUAGAGUUUGCUUCAAUGAUAGUUAUUGAUAACAAAGUGUUUGUAGUUGGAGAUAACUUCAAUCGGAGGAAAAGAGUUGAAUAUUUUGACAUUGACACCAAGAAAUGGAUUGAUUUCCCACCAAUGAAAAAAGGACGUUCCAAUUGUCAGUUGGCAGAUUUGAAUGGAUAUUUAUGUGUUUUUGAAAGAGCUCAUAUUGGUGGAAUAAAAACUUGCAUGGAGAUCUAUAAUUUCUACACUGGUAAAUGGCAAAGUCUCAAACCGCUGUAUAAACCGACCUGCAAAACUCAAAUAACAUCUCACAAUCAAAUUUUAUACAUACUUGAUUUUGAAAAAGGUUUUUUGCAAUCUUACGAUGCUAUACUAAAUAAAUGGAAUUCCAAAUUCAUUGGGACAAAGUCAAUUGUAGAUUUUGGAUUUGCUGCAGUUGAAGGAUUUCUAUACAUCAUUGGUGGCUAUUGUACAAUCAAAUGUAAAGAAAUUAAAACUGUUGAACGGUACGAUUUACAAAAUGAUUCUUGGUGUGAAAUGGCUUCAUUGCCAGAGGCUCAUUCGAUUUUUCAAACAAAAGUUUGUGAAAAUAAAAUAUUUAUUGUAGAUACUGUAAGUCAGUGUAUUAGAGAGUAUUAUAUUGACUACAAUACUUGGACAAGUUAUUUUUAUUUACCAAAUGUUGAAUGUAACUAUAUUUAUUUUAAAUAAAAUAAAUACUAAUUUUAAGCCCUGAUUUUUUAAUCGUCAGUUAAACUAUCAGAUUAAUAAAUGUCAAUACAAAAAAAACUUUUAUUUCUAGGAAUAAGCUCUAUCUGAGGUUUAUCUGACUAUUGAAAAAUUGGCCCUAAAUGUAACUUGUUUGUUUGUGCUUUGAUAUAAAUAAAAAAUUUAUUAAAAAACUAA